AUUACGGGUUGGAAUAAAGAGUGGCAGCGUGGCGUUGGGUACAAAAAGUGGCAGCGCUGAGUGUCAGCUGUGCACAUUUGGUGUACAUUGUUGAUGAUAAUUUGAUCACGAUGUCUGCAACCACUGUCCUUCGAUCUUUGCUGCAUGAGCUGCGUCAGGCAGCGCCAAAUGGAUGCAUCAAGGAUUCGUUAGCGGCACGUUACAUUUUAGCACAAUUUAAAAAGUUUAAGACAACCGAUCAGCAACUGUGCAAAGCCCGUAACGAAGCGGUCUUUCUGGGCCAGACAUAUCUUACAUAUUUGACGAGCACUCGUAAUUACAAUGAGCUACACAAGGAAUACCAUGGACGUGGCGAACGUUCGGUGAAGGAAACAGCGGAUUUGGUGGGCUUCAAACUACCAACGGAUCCAAAGUGAAACAACGUUUCAUGGAUAUAUGGAUAUUUUUGCAUAGUUUUAUUAGUGAUUAGCGGUGAAUAGUUAUGGUUGUAAAGUUUAACGUGCAGCAUUCUAUUGUAUCAUAGUCCUUAUCAAGGCAAACACACGAUAAGACACACUCAUGAGCUGUCAAGUAUAAAUAAAUAAAUGUGUAUGCACGUUUUAUAUAUUA